AUGUCCCGCAAAGGGGUCGGCCUUGCCGCCUUCGACCGCUCGCGCCUCACGUCGGCCCAGUACGCUUCCCACGGGUCCAACCUGCGCUCUUCCAACGCUGCGGCCCUCGAGACGCAGCUGGCCGUCUUCCGGUCGUUACUCCAACAGUUUGCCCAGACGCACGCGAAGGACAUUCGGUCAAACCCGACCUUCCGCGCCCAGUUCGCGCGUAUGUGCGCCGCCAUCGGCGUCGACCCGCUCGCUUCCAGCAGCAGCAGCCAGUCUAGUAGUAACGCGGGGGGUUCCAUCUGGGCGCAGCUGCUGGGCCGGUCGGUCAAUGACUUUUACUUUGAGCUCGCCGUGCGCGUGGUCGAGGUGUGCGGCGAGACGAGGGGGGAGAACGGCGGGCUGAUUGAGCUGAGGAAGGUUCGGGAACGGAUCAUGAGGGGACGCAUGGAGGGGGCGUCUGAGAUUACCGAAGAUGACAUACUCCGCGCCGUGGGCACGCUCAAACCCCUUGGGUCGGCCUACUCCAUCAUCAAGGUCGGCAGCAAGCCGUACAUCCGGUCGGUGCCCAAGGAGCUCAACACGGACCAAAGCGCCGUGCUCGAGGCCGCGCAGGUGCUGGGCUACGUCAGCGUGUCGAUGUUGAUGGCCAAUCUGGGCUGGAUGCGCGCGCGGGCGCAGACGGCGCUCGAGGACUUGGUCGGCGAGGGCAUGCUGUGGGUAGACAAGCAGAGCGACGAGUGGGAGUACUGGAGCCCCAGCUUCAUGCUCGAGAAUUAUGACGCGACGGGGACGGCGGGUUGA